CAACCGUUUCCUUCCCUUAGGCCUUUUCCUUCUCUUUUAUUCAAACCCAAACCAAGAACACUCUCACCCACUGACCCCAUUUUCUUCUUCUUCUUCUUCUCUACUUUCGUUAUCAUCACAAACCAUCACCACCAUGGAUCCAACCUCCGACGAGAUUGUCCGAGAAUUCCCUCGCCUUUUCCGCGUCUACAAAGACGGUCGCAUCGAGCGCUUCCUCGGGUUAGAAACAACCCCACCAGGCACCGACCCACAAACCGCCGUUAUAUCCAAAGACGUCACUGUCAACUCCCAAACCGGCGUUUCCCUCCGUCUUUACCUCCCUCCAAACGCCGCUUCCUCCUCCCACAAACUCCCUCUCCUCAUCUACAUACACGGCGGCGCCUUCUGCGUCUGCGCCCCCUUCAACCCCGCCUACCACCGCCACCUCAACGCCGUCGCCGCCCAAGCCAACGUUGUCAUCGCCUCCGUCCACUACCGCCUGGCCCCCGAACACCCUCUUCCCAUCUGUUACGACGACACCUGGGAAGCCAUCCAAUGGACCUCCUCCCACGCCACCGGCAACGGCCCCGAGCCAUGGCUCAACGAUCACGCCGAUCUCGGAGUGGUGUUCCUGGCCGGAGACAGCGCCGGCGCCAACAUCGCCCACAACAUGGCUAUGCGAGGCACUGCUGAAGGUUUCGGAGAUUUGAAGCUUGAAGGAAUGGUGUUGAUUCACCCUUACUUCGGGAACGAGAAGAAGGACGAGCUGGUGGAGUAUUUGUACCCGACAUACGGAGGACCCGAUGACCCGAAGAUCCACGUUACAAAGGAUCCGAAUUUUUCGGGUCUUAAAUGCCCGAGGGUGUUGGUGUUUCUUUCGGAGAAGGAUUUUCUGAGGGAUAGAGGAGCGAGCUAUUAUGAGGCGCUGAAGAAUAGUGGGUGGAAGGGUGUGGUUGAGAUGGUGGAUUUCGAAGGAGAGGAGCACGUGUUUCAUUUAUUCGACCCCACUAAGGAAAAAUCCGUGGCUCUUGUCACGCGCUUUAUCUCUUUUAUGAAACAAAUCGAGGUAGAUGUACGUGGUUAAUCAAAUCUGUUCUAACUAAUUAUCAUUUUCAUUGUUACUGUUAUUGAUUUACUUUUAUGCUGUAACUUUGAGCCUUUGAGAUAAGAAGAAGUUCACGUGGAACUGUGUAGGGAACAUGAAUAGUUUGUCUCUGUUCUUCUCGCAUUAGCCGGGAACAGUAAUCGAUUUUUGUUUUGAAUCCUCUUCUUCUGUGUUUUCGUCAGAAUUCGAGUGGAAGCUAAAUUUGCUGGAAUCCAGGGUUGUAUUUGUCGUUUCAUAUUGCCUAGUAAUAGUAAUAGCUAAUUACUUC